AUGCGACGACACCAGGAGGAGUAUCAGCAGAUACAGGAGGCUGAUGGUGCAGACAGAGGAACGGAACCGACAACAGCGGCAAAUGCUGAAGCAGCACCUCUCGUGGCUCCUGAAAACCAAGAGAAGUUCCAACUGCUGGUUUCCCAGUGGUUAGAAGGCGACAUAGAUCAUGAGCAGCAGCCGCAACAACAGCAGCAAGAGGAGGAGCAGCAACAGCAACAUCAACAGCAAGAGGAGCAGCUGCAACAGCAGCAACAACAGCAAGAGGAGCAGCAGCAACAGCAACAACAGCAGCAAGGGCAACAGCAAGGGUAG